ACACUCACGUCUCCGAUUAACGUUUGCUGGAUAAUGAAAGAAGGUGCAUGAAUAUUUGUCAAAUAUGUCUGAGCCAACAACGGAAAAGGAAACACAAGAAGUAUCAAGUAGAGAUGGAACUUCCAACAGUGAACCCGACCAGAACACGACGUCCUUCAUGCGCAACACAAUGGUGAGUAGCACAAUGGUCAGUGGAGAAGCAUCUGAAACUGAUGAUGAAGAUGAUGAUGAUGCUGAUCACAAGAAAAGAAAUGAGAAAGGCGAUGACGACUCAGAGACAGACAGUAAACAUUUGAAAGAAGAUCAAGAUGUUGAUAGUGAACUGCAGGAAUUUGAACUGGACACAAGUGCUGGUGUUAAAACCAAAAGGCAGAAGAUUGUUUACAAGUUUGACUCCCCCUUCCACCGUAAACUGAGAGAAAGAAAUCUGGAGCUGCGAAGUCACCUUGUAGAGGGCUUCACUAAGUGUUACAAGUCGGCAGUUGAUAAACUGCAAAGCUCGACAUUCCAUCUCAGCAGAGCACAAACAGCAGCACAGGUAAUGUGUUAUUGAAUUACAGGUUCAUUUAACUCACUGUGCAGUUUU